ACAAACCAACUAAUUCCAUUAAACCAACGCAAGAUGCUGCUCCUAAACCGAACAAAAAGCGUCGCAUCACAGAUGACGACCCAAAUCAACCAACGAUUGAACUCGUAACAGGCUUCGAAGAUAAUCAGAUCCAAAGUCUAAACCCAAAGGAAAGAUCCGAUCUCCCAAUAACUAUCCCAGCAUUAAAGAACGCAGAUUGGUUAGAACGAAGUCAAGCUCUCGCAGCUGCCCGCUCAAAAGAAAGUGAUAAAUCGAAAACUACAAAUGUGAAAACCACAAGCGUUAAAACACUCGAUAAUUCUGUGAAAACUACAAGCGUGAAAACCACAAGCGUUAAAAUACUCGAUAAUUCUGUAGGAUCACUAAAGCAACAAGCUUUGGAUGAAAUUUUAAAAG